AUAAUCAAAAAUGACUCUCUGUUGUCGGAUUUGUUUUGAAGAAAAUCCUAAGAAUUUUUCUCUCUACGAAUGUAUGAGGAAAAAAUAUUUACCUAGUGUUAUUUUUAACAUCAGUGGAGUAAAAGUUUCAAAAAAGUUUGAGCCAGAGGCACACAUUUGCCGACGCUGCGCUGCAUCGAUAUUGGUUGCGGAAAAGAUUAUAUUGCGAUGCCAAGAAUCAGAAGAAUUUGUCCAGUUUCGUCGUUUAAAGGAAAGUUGCUUAUCAAGACAAUCUCCAACUCCGAAGACAGAAAACUCUAACGUAGAAAGCUAUGGAAAAUACCAGCCUGCUUCCGCUUGUAGUGAUUUGGAAGAAUCAAUACCAUUGGAACCAAAUGGUGAGCAUUUGUUACAAUCUGUCAAGCAACUUCAUAUGAUAAAAAAUGAAAAUCCCAACAAUUCUGAAUGUCUUGGAGACCACGAAAGUCAGUUCUCAGAUAAUUACGAACCACCAGAAAAACGUUUAAAGAGUAAAAAAGUUACACCAGUGUCCAGCUUUGAUUGCGAUCGAUGUAACUUUACUACCAAGAUAGGUAAACGUUUUAUAGAACACAAACAAAUUGAGCAUGGGGUGUACGAUCCAAAUAUCUAUACAUGUACUAUUUGUUCUGAAAGCUUUUCUUGGAAACCAACACUGUAUAGGCAUAUAGAGAUAGACCACAAAAUACUACCUGCAGAUAAAAAACAUUUAUGUAAUGAAUGCGGUCGUGCUUAUAUGCGGGAAGUCCACUUGUUAGAACAUAUAAAGCAGCGGCAUGGACCUCGUAGUUUCAAAUGUCCUGAUCCACUAUGUGAGCAAUCUUUCACUCGAACGUUUACUCUUAGACGUCAUUUCAUCACUACACACACGGAACAAACAAGCUCACGUUAUCAUUGUGUAGAUUGUAACAAAUACUUUAAGGUUUAUGAUCAAUGGAAAUACCAUAAUGAAGUUAUUCACAAAAAUGAAAUUGUAUAUUGUCCACAUUGUGGCUAUCCUUUUCGUUUCAAAGAAAAGCUAGAUGAACAUAUUUUAAAGGAUAAAUGCAAACGUAGUGUUGUGCCAUGCUCCUAUUGCCAAAGACGCUUCACAACAAAAUGUGGAUUGAGAGAGCACGUGCGGAAUAUACAUAACAUCUACUAGUUAAAUACUUGUAUUGAUUGCUUGGAAGCACCGAAAAAAAUAGCCAUAAUUUCUUUGCUUUAUAUCAACCAUUAAUAUUUGGCUUUAUACCCAAAAAUAAUAAUAACCAACUGUGAAAAAGGGGCUCACUAAUUUGAAUAUAUGUAAGCCCUUGUACUGAAAGUUGCCACUUUUUAAGGUUCUGUCAUGAUUUAAAACGCAUCAACUUUUAUCCACGCGCAGAAAAAAUUUCAAACUGGGAACAAUUUUACGAAAGGCUUAAGCAAAACAAAACUGAAGAACAACUGUAAAGGGAAAAACACCAAAAUAAAUAUGCAGCCAAAUAAGAUGCAGCAACAAUUUCUUCUUCACAAGAAUAUACAUCUGCAUAAUUAAAGCCAAAAAGUUAGAGAACCUUUAACUAAGUACCUACAAAUAAAUAAUGAGAUUGUAAAAGAGUUAAUGCGAAUACAAGAGACCUACCCACAAUAUACUAAGUAAAUGGAGCAGGCAGCAUAACAAAAAA